GCAGGCUUGGAUACAAAUAUACGGGUGAUCACAAUGAUGAAAAUCACAACGAAAGCAUAGAGCUGCCACUGUUUGACUUGCAAGCAAUAACUAAAGCUACUGAUAAUUUUUCAAUAAACUGUAAGCUCGGAGAGGGUGGGUUUGGACCUGUUUACAAGGUUCUGAAACAGGGCGUGAUGGAAGAGGGGCAGGAAAUUGCUAUCAAAUGGCUAUCCAGAACUUUCCACCAAGGACUUGUUGAGUUCAAGAAUGAAGUUAACUGUAUCGCUAAACUCCAGCAUCGAAAUAUUGUGAAGCUUCUAGGAUGUUGUAUUCACGGAGAGGAAAAGAUGCUGAUUUAUGAAUACAUGCCUAAUAGAAGUCUAGAUUUGAUUCUAUUUGAUUUAAUGGGCAGUGCAUUGCUUGAUUGGCCAAAGCGAUUCCACAUUAUAAAUGGCAUUGCCAGGGGCCUUAUGUAUUUUCAUCAAGAUUCCCGUCUCAAAAUAAUCCAUAGAGACCUCAAAGCUAGCAACAUUUUGCUAGAUUUUGACAUGAACCCAAAAAUAUCAGACGUUGGCAUGGCUAGAAUUUUUGGAGGAAAUGAGAUUGAAGCAAACACAAGUCGAGUAGUUGGAACAUAUGGUUACAUGCCACCAGAAUAUGCAAUGAAUGGCAUAUUCUCAGUAAAAUCAGAUGUAUUUAGCUUUGGUGUUAUAAUGCUUGAGAUUGCAUGGAUGCUUUAUCGAGAAGGAAGGUCAUUGGAAUUAGUCGAUGCUUACCUUGGCAUCUCAGACUAUUUAUCAGAAGUGUUACGAUCAAUUCAUGUGGGACUGUUAUGCGUUCAACAAUGUCCAGAAGAUAGGACAAGCAUGUCUUCACUAGUACUGAUGUUGGUUAAUGAAGGUGUGUUGCCUCAAGCUAAACAACCUGGAUUUUUCACUGGAAGAGAUUUAUUUACUGCUGAAAGUUCAACCAGCACAAAUGCAGCAAGUUCAAUAAACCAAGUGACCAUUACACUGCUAGAAGCUCGAUAA